GACCCCGCGCUGCCUGCACCUCUAUCGUCUCGGUUGACAUGGAUGAUGAAGACGGCAGGUGCUUGCUAGAUGUAAUUUGUGACCCACAAGCACUCAACGACUUUCUUCAUGGAUCUGAAACACAUCUGGACACCGAUGAUCUUUUGGAUGGCUCGGCUGACCCCGCCAGCUCCUUCUUCUCCAGUGCUGGGGUUCAUGUGCCUGAGGUCCAGUCAUCCAAUCAGCUGUCAGCCAGUGAGCCACCAGGCCUGCCCAGUGGCAGCGUGGACUUGGAUUUCCUGGAGGAUGAUGACAUCCUUGGUGGCUCUCCAGGAGGGGGCAGAGAUGGUGGGAGCAAUGGUAUUGGGGCAAACCAUGAACCUUGUGACAUCCUGCAGCAGAGCCUGGCUGAGGCCAACAUUACAGAGCAGAGUCUGCAGGAGGCUGAGGCCGAACUUGAUCUUGGCUCCUUCGAGCUACCCGGCCUGGCGCAGGUUGUCCAAACUCUGCCCGACCCCAGCUUGUCUGGAGCUGGGGGGGCUGCGGUGGGGGUUGAUAUAGGAGUUGGUGUCGGGGUUGGAGGUUCGGCUCAGAUCUUCUCUGCCCCAGCCCCCAGCUCCACUGCCACUCCCCCCAAUGCAACUCCAGACAUGAUUGGGUCAGUUCUAGCUCACCCAGGCCUACAGCUUCAGCCCCAGGUGAUGAGCAAGGCUGUCAGUGUCCAGCCCUUUAUGCAGCAAGUCGGCCUGGGAAAUGUGACCCUUCAGCCCAUUUCGAGUCUUCAGGCUCUGCCCAACGGGGGUCAGUCUGGACAUUUGGGCAUUGGACAGAUUCAAGUUGUUGGACAGCCCACAGUAAUGACUAUUAACCAGUCUGGGCAGCCAAUCCUGGCCAAAACCAUGAGUGGCUACCAGUUGCACCAGCCUGGACCAGAUGCAGGGAGUGCUGGUACGCAGGCUGGACUUAGUGGGUCUGUACUUAGCUCAAGUGGGGGCCUUUUGAUUCAGGGUGGCAAGGCUACUUUGGGGUCCCCAGCUUUGAAUGGGGCUGGUAUUGGAGUUAGUAGUACUGGCACUAGCGUUGGGAGUACUGUUACUAGCUCUGGCGGGCUACUGGGCUUUGGCAGUGCUUCCCUUGGCACAGGAGUUGGAGCCCAGCAGCAAGCCCAGACUCAAGGCCAAAUCAUGCAGAAUGUGAUCAUCCAGCGGACGCCAACACCUAUUCAACCUAAACCUCUGCAAGGGGGAGUUAAUCAGCCCAAACUCUACAAACAGCACAUACAGCAACAGCAGCAGCAGCAGCAGCAGCAACAACAACAACAACAACAACAACAGCAGCAACAACUCCCUGCCCCAAAUUCUUUGCAGAAUGAUGCAAGCAAGGGUGUAGGGGUGCAACAGGGGCAAGUCCCAGUUUCCACUGCUCAAAGUGUGGCUUUCCUAACAGGCAAGCAUGGCACUAAUGUCGUCCUGAGUGCACAGACUGCCCCUCAAGGGGCAGCAUUCUCCCAGACUCUGUUCAAGCAACAGGCACCCCACACAGCAGGAAAACCACUCAGCGUCCACUUGCUGAACCAGUCGGGCAGCAUCGUCAUUCCCUCACAGACUGUCCUGCAGGGACAGAACCAUCAGUUCCUCCUGCCCCAGUUGCAAGCGGGAGGGCAAAUCCUGACCCAGCACCCAGGGGGCCACAUCAUUACAAGCCAGGGCCCGGGAGGGCAGCUGAUUGCCAAUCAGAUCCUCACCACCAAUCAGAACCUCAACCUGGGCCAGGUCUUGACUUCACAGGGGCCUUCUGGUACCGCACACAUCCUUUCGGGUCACAUCCAGCUGCAGCCGGGUCAGAUGGGCCAACCCACACUUUUCCAGAUGCCUGUAUCUUUGGCCCAGACACAGACCCAGGCCCACCCCGUCACAGGGCACGCCCAAGCCGUCAUACAAGGAAUGCCGCUACAGAAUUCCCUGGCUAUGCUGAGUCAGGUGGAGGGUUUGGGCCCGGCUGUCAGCUUGCAGCCCACCCCACAACAGCAGGCUGGGGGUAUCCCAACCAACAGCAUCGGAGGAGCAGCGGCGAUGCCUCAGUGCCAGCCAGCGGAGAGCGUCACGGUGCUCGGCAGUGCCACGGACCAAGCUGCCCACCCUGUGCAAGCUCCACCGCCUCCUUCAAUACUGACUGUGCAGACCGCCCCGUCUGUGUCCGUGUCCGUCUCAGUGCCCGCCACCUCCUUGUCUCCAUCCCCUGCUUCCUCCGCGUCUUCCAUCCCCUCCACUGGCCUGGCACCACCCCUGGCGCAACAUAGUCCCGGGAAGCUGUUCCUCACGCCCCAGGGAUCUGGCAUGAUCCUGAGCCAGGAGCCUCUGCAGAUGUUCUUGCAACAGGAUCAGCAGCGCCAAACAGAGAGCGAUCCACGCCCUUCUGGGUGUGUACCUGCGUCUGUCAUCGUCAGCAGCAGCAGCAGCACUGGUCCAGCCCCCUCAGGUCGUGACAGCUUAUCAGCCGAGCCACAGCCAGCCCAGAGCCCCACCCACUCUCUUGGUCCCACCCACAAGGCAGCAGUGGUUCAUCAGAUCCCCUCUGCAGGACAGCAGCAGCAGCUGAAGCUACAGAGUGCACCCGGCUCACAGACCCUGGCAACACACCCAGCGUCCGACAGCCCCCAGCCCGCACAGCCUUCUCCGCUCAUUCUGGGCCAGCAGAUCCAGUCCCCCCACCCCACCGCUUCCCAGUCCCAGACCCCCUCCCGCUCCUGCACGCCCUCUUCCCUGCCUCCCCUCUUCAUUAUCCACAACCAAAUCGGGGGAUCUCCUCAGCAAGCUUCCCAAACACAGCAGCAACCACAGCAACCUCAAAUUCAGACCCAAAUCCAAGCUCAGAACCGCCCUCCCUCGCAGCCGGCCCCAUUCCAGCAAGACGUGGCAGCCCCCGCUUCCUCCUGUUCCCCCAAGCCCCUCCCAGCCCAGCCCGUGCAGUUCCAGUUCACGGCCCCUCCGGUCAGCGCCUCCCUCGGUGCAGGUGUGCAGCAGCAGCAGGCCCCGCUGCAGAGCCUGACAGCGGAGCAGCAGCAGACCCUGCACUUAGUUGGCGCUCAGCUGCAGACCCUGUCGGCCAUCGCCCAGCCCUCGCCUCAGCAGAAGCAGCUGCUGGACAAGCUGCAUCAGGUCCAGCAAAGUAUCAUCCUCCAGGCGAAGCAGCAGACCCAGCCCCAGUCCUCCGUCUCCAGUCAGUUCAGCUCUCAGCAGGAGCCGCCCGCUGCUCAGGUUGUGACAUCAUCCGCUGGCACCGGCACUCCUGCUCAGCUCGCCUCUCUGCUGCAGCAGACCUCCGUGCUGGUGAAGACUCCGCCCACGGUGUCCAGCGAAGUCAAGGUGUUCUCAGGAGCCCAAGGAACAGCUGGAGCCACGGUCAAACAGGGGGUCACUCCCGCCAGCCUUGCACAGUCUGUACAGUCAAAGCCAGCAGUGAUCAGCUCAGUUGGAGGACUGGCUGUGGGAAAAGGGGGCCUGCAGAUCCAGGUGCUGGGCACUGGGAUCUCUCAGCUGGCCACAUCCCAGCCUACAGCUGCACUGCAGACACAGACUGCAACUUUGAAAAAGCCUUUCUCCAUGGAGCCCAGCAAGGAGGCUAGGAUGUUGGAGCAGCUGAGGAAGCAGCAGGGCUCGGUGCUACGCCCAGACUACAGCUCUCCUUUCCACUCCUUUGAGGAUAGCUUGCACAGGCUUCUGCCCUACCAUCUAUACCAGGGAACCGCGUCUUCCCCCCAAGACUUCUGUAGAGUGGACGAAGAGUUUCAGACUGUCUCAAGCCAGCUGCUGAAGCGAACCCAGGCCAUGCUUGAUAAAUAUCGCCUGCUGCUGUUUGAGGAGUCCAAGAGGCUGGGUCCCUCAGCAGAGAUGGUGAUGAUUGACAGGAUGUUCAUUCAGGAGGAGAAGAUUGCUCUGAAUCAGGACAGGUUACUGGCCAAGGAGAGACCAGAGGAGUAUGUAGCCCAUUCCCAUCCAUUGGAAAGUGCAGCUGCCAGUGCACAGCGCCCCCUACCUGCUGAACCCGGUUCCACAAGGGCUGUCAGCUCAGCAGCGAGUGGGGUGACUGCAGCCCCUGCCCCGGCUUCAGCGACAGCCCAUUUCCCAUCCACAAAGCUGGUGAUCAAGCAGGGUGGCGGGGGCGCAUCUGUGUCCUGGUCCACGAGCACUGCACCGUCGUCAGCGGGGACGGCCAGGCUGGCUGUAGAAUCUGCGGGUCAGAGUUCAUCCGCCAGCUCGGCUCCCCCCGCCUCCCGUGGUGAUGACGACGACGCUCUCCCGCAGCGCAGCAACAAGCCGCCCAUCAAGACCUACGAGGCUCGCCGGCGGAUCGGCCUGAAGCUGAAGAUCAAGCAGGAGGCAGGCCUCACCAAGGUCGUCCAUAACACGGCGCUGGACCCGGUCCACACGCAGACGCAGCCGCGGCACAGCACCCAGCAGUUGCCCACACCCGCGCAGCAACAGUCCCGGCUAACGGUUUCCUCCACCACGACUGUCAUCAGGACUCCGCCCCCUAACUGCAGCGCCGCCUCCACAUCGACCGUCACCACGGCAGCCAAGCUGGCGGGCCCCGCCCAGCAGGGCAAGGCUGCCUCCACAACGGCAGCGUCGUCUUAUUCAUCCUCUCACUCGUCUUCAUCCUCAUCUUCCUCUUCCUCGGUGCAGAUGAACGGGACCCUGGAGCACGAUGAGGGUAGGGGGGUUAAACCGAAUCUCGCCGCCGCGUCCACGCCGUCCCUGACCACCUGCCGCCUGCCGUUACGGAAAACCUACCGAGAGAACGUGAGCCCCACUGUGAGGCCUGGCGUGCCUGGUGGUGAGGGAGGAAAUUCGGCCAAGCCUCCGCAGUGCGCCCCUGCCCCCCUCCCCCCCUCACCCCAGUCCCCAGGUCCCUCCCCGCCUCUUGAACGGACGGUGAUAGCCAGCGUUAAACUGGAGAAGCGGGGCGGCAGGGGGCACGCUCAGUCGCACGCAGCCCUGGGGGCGGAGCACGGGCCAGGGCCUGGGCCGGGAGGGGGAGGUGGGAUCGGUAACGCCCAAGAGCAGGGUUCCCCUCCAGGGCUAAUGAAGGAGCUGGCGGAGGUCGAGGAGGUGUUCUAUCGCGGGAUGAUCAAAAACGCCCGCCACCGCCACCGCCGGCAUCACUCUGAGGCGGAGGAUGAUGAAGAGGAGGAGGAGGAGGAGGAGAGAAACAAGGUGGGCGGCGCAGGGAGGGGCAGCAGCAAGAGCAGGGACAGAGGGGAUGGGUCUUCCAGGAGGGAGCGGCAAGCUGCUGGCCCUCCCUCUCCUGCCGAGUCAUCUUACCCCUGGGACCCUUCGCUUCCUGCCAAACGGCGCAAAUCAGACUCUCCAGACAUGGACAAUGCCAGCUUCUCCAGUGGCAGCCCCCCGCCCGACGACUCCCUCAACGAGCACCUGCAGAGCGCCAUAGACAGCAUACUGAACCUGCAGCAGGGUGCUCCCCCUGGUGGUGGGGGCAGUAGCGGUGGUGUCAGAGCUGGCGCCAGCCGGGGUCAGGGGGCGCACCCAUCCCACCAACCCCCGACCCAGCGCUCUGUUGCACCUUCGACCUCGUCCCACAGACCACCAAUGUCCUCCUCCUCCUCCUCCUCCUCCUCCUCUCCCUCACUGUCCCAGCGCUCACAGCUCGGGGGACCAAGCGGCCGGGGGCACAACGGUAACCUGAUGUCACGGACUUACAGCAGAUAACAGCCCCUUAACCAGCUGGGGGACUGAGACAGAGGGCCUGGGGGGGGAGGAGCAGGAAUCUCAGAUCUCUGCUCUGUCCACUUGUGUUUGGUGUGUUUGUCCAUUUGAAUUGUUCUGAACAAAAGAAGACACUUUAUUUUUGGUUUACAGAAUUACCCUCUUAGUGUACUUUGGAAGGGGUGCGAAGGGGGUGGGUAGUUAUUAAAUUUGCCCCCAUUCUUGACUGUGAGAGAGCAUGGUUGCUGGGUAACAAAAUAUCCUAACAAAACAUUAAUCAGGCCAGUAGAGGAAUUUAUUUUGCACCUUGACCAAAUAUCAGUAUUUCCCUCAGUUUUU